GGUUCUAAAGCUAACCAUGCAGCCCAUAACUUGUCUCUUCUUCGCAAUUUUCCUUUUUGGAAUAGCAAUUCAAGGAACAACCGCUAGAUGCUAUUCAUGGCCUAGAGUAUGUCCCCCAUGGAAGCGAUGCAUAUCAAUUCCAUGGUACCCAUAUUAUAGAUGUGUCCAGAGAUAUAGCAUUGGGAAAAUAGGUCCUUAUAGAAUGGGAAAUUAUGGUAGUUGGAGUAAUUAUGCAAGUGGAGGAGGGAGUUAUGGCGGUAGCGGUAUAGGUGCUUAUGGAGGAAGCGGUAUGGGUGGUUAUGGCGGUAGCGGUAUGGGUGGUUAUGGAGGUAGUGGUAUGGGUGGUUAUGGAGGUAGUGGUAUGGGCUACGGAUAUGGCAGUUCUGGUGGUUAUGGUGGUUAUGGAAAUGAUGGGUACGGGUCUGGUAGCUAUGGUUACGGAGGUAUCGGUGGUUAUGGUAGUAGCGGAGGUUACAGAGGUAUGGGUGGUUAUGGCGGUAUUGGUGGUUAUGGUGGCUUUGGCAGAAGAAGUAGUUAUGGCAGAUAUGGCAAACACGGUGGUCAUGGAAGGAAGAAAAGCGUGUAUUAAAUGCAAAGGAUUGGACAAUACAGAAACAGACCUGUCAAUUGAUACAUUUUUUAAA